GCCGCUGAGUCGGCAGACGGCGCGAGGCCAUGGAGGUGCCACCGAACCAGGCGAGGCAGCAAGCAGGAGCCGGAGGGGGGGCUCCCCGAGCCGCAGCCCGCACUGCGACCUUCACCCGGGAUUUGUCAUUAACGAGGCCAUCCGGGUGAAUAGUCACCACUCGCUCACGCUCCCAGGGAGUGCCUGCAGUCGACGCCUCCUCAACCCUUUGCCCUGAUUGGCCGCCUGGACACCGUCCGUGGUCCAGCGAUCCUCCACCCUGCCGAGCAUCGCCCUGCUCGGCCGCAGCGACCUCGCUGGAUGUGUGCACAGAGGGGCGAAGUCUGAGAAGAAGGGGAAGAAGCCCUGGCUGACGAGGAAGCAGGUGAAGAUGUCCCAGAACCAGGAAGACGAUGAGAUCGUCUCGCAGCUGACCGACCUGCACCUGGGGGAAGACCGUGUUGUUCAAGGAACCGCCCUGUCCUACGACGAUCGAUUGACAGAGCCGCGCUGUUCCUGGGACAGUCGAUUUCCAGAACGGCCGGAGAGAGUGACGGCUGUGAUGCAAAAAAUCCGAGAGUACGGACUUAUGGAACGAUGCACAGUCGUGGAGGCCAGAGAAGCAACCAAAGAGGAGCUGUUAUUGGUUCACAGCUCGGACUACAUCGAGCAGAUAAAGGCGACGGAGAACAUGAGCACGGACGAGCUGCAGUCGCUGGCCAGCACCUACGACAGGGUGUUUCUCCAUGAGAAGAUCUACCCUGCGUGCUGCCUGGCGGUGGGGUGCGUGUUGCAGGUGGUGGACCAGGUCAUGGAGGAGCAGGUCAGGAACGGACUGGCCGUGGUCAGACCGCCCGGACACAACGCUCUCAGCAACAUGGCCAAUGGCUACUGCAUCUUCAACAACCUGGCCAUCGCGGCCAAGUACGCCCAGCAGAAGCACAGAGUGGGGCGGGUGCUGAUCGUUGACUGGGACAUUCACCAUGGUCAGGGCACACAGUACAUCUUCGAGGAUGAUCCCAGCGUGCUCUACUUCUCUAUCCACCGAUACGAACAUGGCGAUUUCUGGCCUCACCUGCCGGAGUCGGACUGCACGUCCGUCGGAGGAGCCCUCGGUCGGGGCUACAACGUCAACAUCCCCUGGAAUAAGACCGGCAUGUCGGACGCGGAUUACAUCACAGCCUUCCACAACGUCCUGAUGCCCCUCGCUCACGAGUUCCGACCCCACCUCGUCCUGGUGGCUGCUGGGUUCAGCAGUGCCGUCGGAGACCCCCAGGGGAAUAUGUUGGCUUCCCCAGCUUGUUUUGCCCACCUUACCUACAUGUUGCUGCCUCUGGCCACCGGGAAACUGAUCCUCUCCCUGGAGGGAGGGUACAACCUGCAGGCCACAGCUGAGGCCACCUGCGCCUGCCUGAAAGUCUUACUCGGCGACCCCUGCCCAAAGCUCGAGUUGCCCUACUUGCCCAAGCAGAGUGCCCUGGAGUCGAUAUCUGCUGUCAUCGCUGUUCAUCGCAAGUACUGGAAGUCCCUUCAAAACCGAGAAACGGGCAUCGUCCGUGAGAACCCGCCCGCCCAGCACCACCGACACCUGGCCUUCAACCUGGAGCAGAUACUGAACCGCAGCAUGCAGGAGGUGAUGAGACCCCUGCCCCCACACCGCACCGGGCUGGUGUACGAUGAGCAGAUGAAGGAACAUCACAACAUGUGGGACCUAGAGCACCCAGAGCAGCCGCAGCGAAUCUCCCAGAUCUUCGCCCGUCACCAGGAGCUGCACCUGGUGGAGCGGUGCGUGCCUAUCCCCGCCAAACUCGCCAGUGAGGCCGACCUCCAGCUGUGUCACGACCCAGAGUACAUCGACGUCCUGAAGGCCACCAGGACCUCCAAGCCCCGCGAGCUGCACAGGCUGUCGUCUGAGUACAACUCCAUCUACAUCUCCAACAAGUCCUACGACAGCGCGCUGAUGGCGGUGGGCUCCACCUUCAACGUGGUGGAGGCUGUGGUAAUGGGGAAAGUCCAGAAUGGGGUGGCGAUCGUACGCCCUCCGGGGCACCACGCCGAGAGCGACUACGCCUGUGGCUUCUGUUUCUUCAACAACGUGGCGCUGGCUGCUCGCUACGCACAGAAACUGGCUGGGCAAGACCUGCGGGUGCUCAUACUGGACUGGGAUGUCCACCAUGGCAACGGGACGCAGCACAUGUUCGAGGACGAUCCCAGCAUCCUGUACAUCUCGCUUCACCGCCACGACCACGGCAUGUUCUUCCCCAACUCGGAGGACGCCGACUACGACAGGGUGGGCAGGGGCAGCGGUGAGGGAUUCAACGUCAACAUCCCCUGGAAUGGGAGCCGGAUGGGGGACCCAGAGUAUAUGGCUGCCUUCCAGUGCAUCAUCAUGCCCAUCAGCUACCAGUUUCAGCCAGAGCUGGUGCUGAUCUCGGCCGGAUUCGACGCAGCCCGCGGGGACCCAUUGGGUGGGUGUCAGGUGACCCCGGAGUGCUACGCCCACAUGACCCACAUGCUGCAGUCACUGGCUGGCGGGAGAGUGGUGAUGGUGCUGGAGGGAGGCUACAACCUGACCUCGAUCUCCGAGUCCAUGUCCAUGUGCACGCGGACCUUGCUGGGUGACACCCCGCCCUACCUCGAGCCGCUGGCCGUGCCCCUCCCCAGCGCCCUGGAGACCAUCGGCAAUGUGAUUGCGGCUCAGCGGAAUUACUGGUCCUGCCUCCGACUGCUGAUUCCUGACCUGGAACCUCAGAACCAGGCCUCGAUGACCCGAAGAGCUUCUGUAUGGGGGCAGCAGCAGCUUUCCCAGGCAGAGUCACCCAGUUAUUCUUCAGCCAGGAGAGGAUCAUUUUGGGGUCAGCCAGACAACAGCUCCCAGGCCAAGCCAUCCAGUUAUUCUUCAGUCAGGAGAGGAUCAGUUUGGGGUCAGCCAGACAACAGCUCCCAGGUUACGCUCUCAACGGUUCGAGGGGACACCUCAGGUCACCAAGUACCAACAGACACGUCACCAGAUUCUGUUUCUCGGGUGGAGUCCGUGGCUGGGUCCUCUCAGAGCAGAAAGCAGUCGACAGAAACACAGCAAUCGACUCUCACCCAAGAGCCCGAUUGGGGGUCCGACAGUCUGCCAAAAAGGCGAGUCUCCCUGUGGCCUCAAGUGCAGCCUCCUUCACAUCUCUUGAACCUGGACUCCGAAGGGCGACCCUUGCGUUCAAGGCGCGGUUCGCUGUGGCCCCAACUGCCCAGCUUGGAGACAGACGAGCAGUCACCCCUGGACAUAAGGCCGCCGCUGUGGUCGGGCAGGGAGUCAUCGCCGCCGCCCCCAACCUUCACCACCAGCGCCGAGAGGGACCCCUCCAGGAGCUCGGAGGCCCGGCUGCCCUCUCAGGGAGCCCGGCAGAAGGACCCCCUGAAGAUGGCCAAGGCGCGCAUCUCAGACCAGCAGGACUUGGACCUCACCUCGUCCAGUUCCUCCAAGGGGCAGUCGGAGAGCGAGGAGGAGGCGGCGAGGGGGAAGGGCCGCUGUCCGGAUCCUCCCGAGCCGCUGUACGAGCUGACCGCGGGACCGGGGAUGGUGUACGCUGUCACGCCGCUGACCAGCUGCCCACAGCUGAGGGCGGUGAUGCCAGUGCCGGACAGCGGCCUCGACGUGUGGCAGCCCUGUGAUGAGUGCGGCGCCGAGGGCGAGAACUGGGUCUGCCUCAGCUGCUACAAGGUGUACUGCGGGCGCUACGUGAAUGCACACAUGGAGAACCACUGGCAGAUCACGGGGCACCCCCUGGUCCUGAGCUACGCCGAUCUCUCUGCCUGGUGCUAUGGCUGUGACGCCUACAUACACCACGAGAUGCUGCUCCCUGCCAAGGAAGAGGCACACCGCCUGAAAUUCGGGCAGGGGUUGGUCGGUUGAGCCGAGGCGGCUGAAGUGCGUCUGGGGCAGGUGUCCGAAGCUGCCUAUCCCAGCCCCCCCACCCCGACCCCCCCCCCCUCGCUGCCCACCCACCGCACGCGCGCACACAGAAGGACAGAGCACUGCCGGUGUGUGUCGGAGCCAGACCGAUGGGGACCGGAUGUUGGACUGAAGCCAGCGGGGUCUGCUCCCCGGAGGUGCUCGCCUGGGAGCACGGGUCCCACGGAGAAGCUGAGGGAGACCGGCGCUGUCUAGGGAGGUGGGGUUGGGGGUGGUAGGGUGAGGGGAGCUUUCUCCGCGGUCGGUCACUCCGGCAGGGACACACGGGAUAUAGAGACACUGAGGUCACACCAAGGCACACAGACACACACACACACACACACACACGCGCGCCGAGGUGCACAGACAGACAGACACACACACACGCAGAGGUGCGCGCGCGCGCACACACACGCCGAGGCGCACAGACAGACACACACACACAGAUGCACCCACAUGGACGCGCGCCCACGGACAUGCACACAGGCGCAGACGUGCGCACACAGACAUACACGUGCACACAGAUGCACACACACACAGACACACACGUGCACAGACACACACAUACACAAUAACUGACAUGCGGUCAGGAAGAAUGGGUGAGCCCCGUUACGCACUGCCCCACUGCUCCCUGUGGCCUGUCGCUCCCUCCAGCUGCCUGUCCCCGGGGGUGCGGUGAGGUGGGGGAUGGUGUGGGGGGAACCGGACCUUUCAGCCCAUUGGAGAUGUGCUUGCCCACAGCAGGCCUGGGAUCACCAACACCGGCCGUGUCCCUCAGGGUGGGGGUUUUACCGUUUUGAGGGGGAGGGGGUCCCAGUUCCCCACCUCCGAGGAACAGUGAGACAUCACUUCCCCCAAAGUCCUGCAGCUAAUCGCUCGACAGGACCUCACUCCUUCACUGGGACCCCCCCCCCCCCUCGCUCCCAAACACCAGAACCCCUCCUCCCCGGGACCCCCUCACCCUCCGGGAUUCCCCUUCCCUCAGGGGAAACGCCCUUCCCCCACAGACCAGGACACCCUGAACUCUCGCAUACCGGGACCCCCCUCCCUCCCUCUCACUGGGACCCCUUCCCCCCCUCACACACGGGGAACCCCUUCCUUCCCUCCCUCCCCCUUCCUCUCACACUGGGACUCCCUCCCCCUCGCACACCGGGACCCUCCACCUCCCCUCUCACACACCAGGACACCCACCUCCCUCCCUCCCACACACGGGACCCCGCCUCUCCCUCCCCAGGACUCUUUCCCCCCACCCCCCACCCUCCCCUGGGACCCACUCACAGGAUCUGCAACUCCCUCCCCUGGGACUCCCCACCCCCGUCCCACCCUCCCUGGAUCCCCCUCCCUCUCACCCUCCCUCCCUGGGACCCCCUCCCUCCCACAUACUGAGAUCUGCCUCUCCCUCCCCCGGACAUACCCACCCUCCCUACCUGGGACCCCUCCAUCCCAGGGACCCCCUCUCUCUCACCAUCUCUCUGGGACCCCCUCCCUCCCACACACCGGGACCUGCCUCUUGCCUUCCCGCGAGCCCCUCCCCAGGCCCAGGGUAACCCGGUUUCCCUCAGUGACCUGAUUCUCUCAAGUGUUACCGUGUAACGUCACUUUAUUUUUAAGGAAAAUGUUAAUUAAAAAUAUGUUGGAGCUUUAAUUAA